AUGGGUAGACGAGCUAGCCUCGGUCUUAUGGUCCUACAAGACCACCCCCAGUCAUCCACCGGCGAAACCCCCUUUCGACUCACAUACGGGGUCGACGAAGUCAUCCUAGUCAAGGUCGGGGAACCAAGCCCAAGGUUACUCCUUGGAGGAAGAAGUGAAGCAGUCGAAAAGGACCUGGUCAACGAAACAAGGCAAAUGGCACACCUAGCCGAAGCGGCAAUAAAACAAAGGAUAACCCCUAAGGUACAUUGGCAAAGUGCUAAAAAUAAGUCUAGGAGAAGGCGACUUGGUCCUACAAUGCAACGACAUAGGGCUACCAACCCCAGGGGAAGGCAAGCUAGCCGCAAACUGAAAAAGUCCUUACAGGGUAAGACAGGUCCUCGGCAAAGGAGGCUACAAGCUAGAAAAAUUGGAUGGAAGCGAGGUGCUGAGAACAUGGAACAUGACAAACCUAAAGAGGUUCUACUCAUAAGAAGAAGCGACCACACGACUUGA